CUCAACCAUUCUUAUUGAAACGUCCACUCUCUCUCUCUCUCUCUCUCUCUCUCAUCUUAACGCAUUGCAGCUUCGCCGAAGCCCCCUGUCAGAUUCGAACAAGGCACCGUGCGUGUCUCUGGCCCCGAAUCCCUGAUCUGUUUCAGGUUUUUGGGUUUGGUUGGUUUCCUGGCAAGAAUAGGAGAAAAUGGAUGAAACGCUAUAGGAAGUGGCUCCUUUUUCUUAAAGAUUACUCCUGCGAUUUCGUUUUCUUUUUUUUAAUUUCUCGAGAACCAAACGGAGAGAAUCAAAGGGAUAUUGGUGGUCAAAACAAGGUCUAGCAACAAGGAAUCAAUGGCCUUUGAGCACUACUUUGCUCAGGAAUGGAAAUCUAUCCAAGGUGGAGCAACAGGCUCGGAAAGUUCCAAUGGUUGCUUUGACUGCAACAUCUGCUUAGAAUUUGCACACGAGCCAGUGGUCACCCUCUGCGGCCACCUCUACUGCUGGCCUUGCAUCUACAAAUGGCUCCACGUCCAGAGUGCAGGCCUUGCCCCUGAUGAGCACCCACAGUGUCCAGUUUGCAAGGCUGAAAUAUCUCACACCACCAUGGUCCCCCUCUAUGGCCGGGGCCAAACCCUUACCGAGGCUGAAGAUGAAGUCAAGGCACCACAUAGGGGUAUAAUUAUACCUCCUAGGCCUGCGGCAUGCAGCGUUCGAUCUCUGAUAUCUACAAUGUCUAAUACUGUUCAGCAGCUUCCGUACCGUAAUCCUUAUCAGAACCAACAGUACGACCAUGAACCUCAUCCAUAUGGAAGCCAUGGAGAGGAUUCUACAUCUCCAUGGCUUAAUCUUGGAGGGACUUCAGGUUUCCAGCAUCCGGCCGUUGGCAUGUUCGGGGAAAUGGUUUAUGCAAGGGUGUUUGGGAAUCCAGCGAGCUUAUAUGCAUAUCCAAACUCAUAUCACGUAAUGGGGACUGGUAAUAGCCCGAGGUUGAGAAGGCAGGAGAUGCAAGCAGACAAGUCACUGAGCAGAAUUUCAUUUUUUCUUUUCUGUUGCUUUCUUCUGUGCCUUGUAGUCUUCUGAAUGUAGUUAACUACAGCUUUAAGUGGUAAAGAGUUUCGGUCCUGGGAGGUUCGAACUCUUGGAUACAAAAGUCGAUGAUUUGCAAGAUCCACGGGCACUGAGAUUUAACCUGAAGACUUUUGCAGUCUUCAGAGAGCCUUUGGCCAUAAAAAAGCAUGAAAAAAGGGUGGUUAUGAGAUUUGUAACCACCCUUCCUCCUCUCUCCCCUGCUGUUUUGUGUACAUUGUAAAGAGUACGGACUUGGAGCUUAUGAGCAUGGAUACAAAUACUAUUUAUAUAUCACAGUGAUAUUUUGAUGAGAUUU